AUGGGGUUAGAUGAGUCCAGGUUUGGACAUGUUGUUACAGCAAUUAUCGAGGCAUAUGUUCUGCCUGAUCUCAGAAAAGCCUACAAUAAAGUUGUACGUGAGGAGGAUUGUUUGAACUCUGCUAAGAUUCGAGAACAUCAACAGGAGGCUGUAGGCUUUGUUGGUAGGCGUCAAGGAAGUAAUUCUGAUUCGAGAACAGUGGCGGGUGGUUUGCAUGAUGACUAUGUCUCGCAAUCAUCGCAAAGCGGAGGAAGAGUUCGAACCUGUUCAAACUGUGGAAGAACGGGCCAUGAUAAGUGUACAUGUUGGCAGUUAAUUGGGUAUCCAGAAUGGUUUACGGAGAGAGGAGGAAGAGGAACUCGAGGUUCUUCAAGAGGAGGUGGUCGCAGUAAUGGUUUAUCUCGGGGCAGUGGACAGUCGAAUGUAGCAUAUGCAACGUCUGCUAAUCCAACAACCGCCUCCACACCUGGGCUCACUCCGGAACAGUGGAGAACGAUCACUCAAAUCAUCAACAACAACAAAUCAAACUCUUCCGAUAAGCUGUCUGGUAAGGACAUGGGUGAUUUAAUCAUUGAUACAGGAGCAUCACAUCAUAUGACUGGAGAUAUCAGUCUUCUUGUCAAUCUCAAAGAUGUUUCACCGUGUAACGACCGGUGUUCGAGGACGCUGAUUGGAGCAGGUGAAGAACGCGAUGGGGUGUACUAUUUUACGGAUGCAAGUAUGCCGAUUAAGUUCUGGGGGGAGGCUGUUCUAGCAGCAGCACACGUCAUAAACCUUACACCAACCAAGGUUCUCAACAGAAAAUGCCCCCACGAGUUGUUAUUUGGAUCAGUUCCUUCCUACUCUGAUUUGCGUGUGUUUGGAUCUUUAUGUUUCGCUCAUAAACAGCUGCGAGACAAGAACAAGUUUGCCUCAAGGAGCCGGAGAGAGAAUGAGUUUCCUUUUGCAAAGGGAUUGUCGGACAUGCUCCCUUCUCCUGUAAUAGAAGAAAAUCUUGAUGCUUUCCUCAUUAACGAAACAGAGUUACUUGGAAACAUGGGGAGUAGUGACGAGGUAACUCGCCCUACAACACAAGUUGGAACUGAUAGUGGCAAGGUAACUCGCCCUACAACACAAGUUGGAACUGAUAGUGGUGAUGUCAGUGAGUCAGUAUCGCAGCAAGUUCCGGGUGUGGUGUCAGCCUCUCAGGAUCCUGCAAUAAUAGAGAUAGGAUCCGAAGUACUGUAG